AACGCGCUCCAUUCAGUAUACCGACGACCGUAGUGCUGGCAGGACACACAUUUGCCACUCUCCGCAAAGUGUGUCUUGCAUCGUGUAAACACAAGUGUACAUUUUCGUGCCCAAUUUAUAUUUUUCCAAAUACUAAUUGCCUAUUGUAUCUUUCACAUUGUCUAUAUAAUCGUGUUUCUCGAGUGGGGCGAUGAUCGAAAGGUCAAACGUAUAAAAACACAUCAUCAAGUAAUUGGCGUAAUUAUCAGUCGCCAUUCUCGCAAGUCUUACAACAACUUUGAACGGUUCAAGACAUGACGGACUGAAGACGAUCAAUAGCUCCAGUUGCAGAGAAGCCGCACAAAGAGCUCGACAAGCAAAAGCUGUAAUUUCGGCUUUACACAAGUAGAAGGAACAACGCAAACGAAAUCUACGCGUAUAAGUGCUAAUAUGACGUAUCUAAAAUCAAUUGGAGAGGUGAUUGGCUUCCUUUUGUUGUCGAUAUUCGCGAUAUUGGAUGGUGUCAUCAGGUCGUUUAUACCCAAAAGGUACAAAAUGAAGAACAUAGAUGGUGAAAUCGCCCUUGUGACUGGGGGUGGCGGGGGAUUGGGGAGGCUUCUCUCGCUCAGGCUAGCCAACUUGGGCGCCAUCGUGGUCGUUUGGGAUAUAAACGAGGCCGGCAUCGAUGAAACUGUUAAACUUGUCCAGGCAGCCGGAGGUACGUGUUACGGUUAUGUUUGCGACUUGUGCGAUCGGGAAGACAUAUACAAGAAAGCCAAAAUUAUCAAAGAAGAGAUCGGCAAGGUGACGAUUCUUAUUAAUAAUGCGGGCAUUGUUACGGGAAUGAAGUUUCUGGACACUCCGGACAAGCUCAUUAUCAGAACGAUGGAUGUUAAUGUCAUGAGCCACUUUUGGACUGUAAAAGCUUUCCUUCCAAUUAUGUUGGAGAGCAAUAAGGGGCACAUUGUGAGCGUGGCCAGUUUAGCCGGUCAAUGCGGAAUUCCGAAAUUGGUAGACUAUUGUGCGUCCAAGUUUGCAGCAAUGGGAUUCGACGAAGCUCUUCGAAUGGAACUUGAAUACGAAGGAUACGAUAUCAAAACAACAGUCGUUUGUCCUUAUUUCAUCCGCAGUACUGGCAUGUUUGAUGAUGUUGAAUCAAGAUACGUCCCAACUCUAAGACCAAACGCUGUAGCCGAUAGAAUAAUAAUGGCAAUGAGGUGUAACGAGAAAUACGCCAUUAUUCCGGGCUACUUACAAAUUCUGCUUACUUUAAAGUGGAUAUUUCCGUGGCCAUGUGUUGCGAUGUUUCUUCGUGGAUUAGUCAGAGAUGCUUCGCCAAGCCAUGACAGUAGCAAACUGUACACAGACGCAGCUACAACUAUCGCAGAAGAGGAAUGUACAGUACCGCCAUCAAAGGAUCAAAACAACGCCGCCAUCCACCAACAAUUAGCCAGACGUGUUUCCAGCUCCGAAAGAAAGCCUUGAAUUUUCUUGCUCCGUUUCACUUCGUUUUAAUAUCGAUCUAGAAUGUGCUUGUUUUUUUUUAUCACGUCUUUGCUUUUAAACCAGCGUUGUCCCUUGAUUCUUUAUAUUUCAAUCUCUUAUUUUAUUUUAUUUUUUUAAUUAUUUCAAUGGAUGAAAUAGAAACUUGUACAGCAUUAAAAAGCAAUAAUAGAUGUUUCGACGAGUAGAAUUACACUUAUAUAAUUUCUCCCUCUUCAAACUUUUUUUGUUUCUUUUGUCUUCAGCGAUUGGCCGAUUACUAGAGCAAAAGCUCAAAGCAGUGCAUUUCAAGUUUAAAAAUGAAUAUUUCUACUUUUGAUACAUAACCUAACUUAUAUAGAGUGAUUAUUAAUGAGUGUCCCCACUUUUUAUUAUAGGAGUAUGAUUUACUGACGGAUACGUAUUUCUAACAUAUUAUUAUAUUAGAAAUUAUAAAUGCGUGCUCUUAUGGUAAAAAGUGGGAAUAUUCAUUAAUAAUCAUCUUGUAUAAAAUGCUUCCACAUACAUAACUAUUUCUUUGUGAUUAUAUUGAUGAAUUGUUUUAAAAAUUUAUCAAUUUAUUUAAAAACAUUUUGUUUAACCCUAAAAACACUGCACAUAGGUCUGGAAGAUCCAUAUGAAAUGUUGAUGUUUAAUUGCUGUAUGAAGAGGAAAUGAGAAAAAAUGUUCGGGCUAAAGGGAGAGAUUCACUAUUGAUCGCUACGUUGACCAGCCUCAGAACUCAACUAGAAUUUAAAUGACACAGAAGUCAAGUUUUUUGUUAUAAUUGUCAUCAUAUUCUCCCUGUUACUUAAUUAUAAUUU